AUGCCUUCGUCUGCAGCGGAGGGGUGGAGUCGUGGAGAAGCAGCCAGCCAACGGCCGCAAACAGCGCAUGUCCGCCGUGACGUCAUCACGUCGCCCAGCUCGGUCCAAUCACCCGAAACUUUCCAAACAGAGAUUUGUAAGAUGGCGACCGCCGAACCGGAAACUAGUCCAAGUCCGACCAAUCCCGAUGAAGAUGGAGCUGAGGAGACUGGACAGGAGAUUGUGAGCCCCGAGGCCUACAUCAAACACCCCCUCCAGAACAGAUGGUCUCUCUGGUUCUUCAAGAAUGACAAGAGUAAAACAUGGCAGGCCAACCUGCGUCUCAUCUCCAAAUUUGACACAGUGGAAGACUUCUGGGCUCUCUACAACCAUAUCCAGUUGUCAAGCAACCUCAUGUCAGGCUGCGAUUACUCUCUCUUCAAGGACGGCAUUGAACCCAUGUGGGAGGACGAGAGGAACAAGCGUGGCGGGCGCUGGCUCAUCACACUCACCAAGCAGCAGAGGAGAUUAGACCUGGACCGCUUCUGGCUGGAGACUCUCCUGUGUUUAGUCGGCGAGGCCUUUGAUGACUACAGCGACGACGUCUGCGGAGCCGUGGUCAACAUCCGCACAAAAGGAGACAAAAUAGCCGUCUGGACGUCAGACUACGAGAACCGGGAGGCCGUGACACACAUAGGGAGAGUUUACAAGGAGCGCCUGGGGCUUCCCAUGAAGAUGAGUAUCGGCUACCAAUCCCACGCAGACACAGCUACCAAAAGUGGGUCAACCACCAAGAACAAAUUUGUGGUUUGAGAAAUGCCCUACGUGCCUCUUUCAUUUCUUUGUCUUAUUUGUUGUUGGUGCAUAUGUUUACUUUGCUGCAAAGACUCUGCGAAAUGCAAUCUGGAAGAAAAAAAAAUAAAUCCAAGACUACAUGCCAAAUGUUCUCAUACCCAGCAUAGGACUUCAACAACAGGAAAUAGCCCACAGUAAACAGAUGAAUAUGAAUCUUCCAAAACACUAACAAUAAGAGGAAUAAUAAUGAAAGUAUUUAGUGCUGCGAACUCCACUAAAGAAAUUUGUGUUGAUUUUUAUGAGAGUCCUAAAAAUGCAAAAACUGCAUUUUUUUUCUCUCUAUCAUAUUCUACAGCACUAUUGGUUUGCUGUAAUCUUUAAUGACAUUAAACCUUAUUAAUUUAUUACUUUAAUUUUCCUGCAUAUUAUUAGAUUCUUAGAACAUUGUUUUUAUGCUUAUUUGCCUUGAACCAUUGCACGUAAUCAACCUUUUUAAACUAUUUCAUGACUCAUAUUCGAGUGUUAAUAUAAUUAAAACUUUGGUUUUGCAAUUAUCAA